UAUUUAUUUCAUUAUAAAAAGAAGACAUUUGUACAAGAGAGAACCGAUUUAUUUUUUUCUUUUUGAUUGAUUUGAAUAAUAAAUAACAAUGUCUAACAAGCAAAACGAAAGCCAAUUUCAUAUUGAUGAUCAACAAGGUGUCGAGGGUAACUUCAAUAGGAACUCUACCGGAAAUACACAAAAUAAGAAUUCAAAUACUAUGAGCUCUGAUGGUAGUCAAUUGAAAGGAAAUCAAGAAGGUAAACAUUUUACCACCAAGGAUGAAGCAGCUGCUCUUGAAAAGGGUGAAAGCAAGCAAUAUGGCACCUCUGCUGCUCGUCAUCUCUAAAGAAAAAGGAAGCGAAAGAUUUGAUAAGAAUAGCUAAAAAAAUAAAAAUGCAAAAUGUGUAUAUAUUGUAUAUAAAGUGCAAUGAAUAAAUAAUAUUAUUAUGUAUCAAAUUUAAGAAAAAAAAAAGAUAUUGUAUAAAAUAUUGCUAGUAUUUUGUUUGAAUAUAAAGGCGUUUAUACAAAUGAGUUGCUUUGUUUUUACGACUGUCG